AUGUCCUUAGCAGAAGAGCUUUUGGCUGACUUGGAGGAAGGAGGGGAAGCUGAAGAUGAACAUCUUCUGCAGUUGGAUGCUCCUGUUCCUGAACGAACAGCUGUGGGUCCUGUUGAAGCUGAUCCUGAGUAUCAACUAAUUGUUGAAGCAAAUAAUUUAGCUGUGGAAAUUGAUAAUGAAAUAAAUAUUAUUCAUAAAUUUACAAGAGAUAAAUAUUCAAAAAGGUUUCCUGAAUUAGAAUCAUUAGUUCCAGUUCCUCUUCAGUAUGUAUCUACUGUAAAGGAGCUUGGAAAUGAUUUGGACAAAGCUAAAAACAGUGAAAUCUUGCAAGAAUUUCUCACACCUGCCACCAUCAUGGUUGUGAGUGUAACUGCAUCUACCACCCAAGGGCAACUUUUGACGGAUGAAGAUUUAAAGGUUAUAUUUGAAGCCUGUGAUAUGGCAAUAGAAUUGGAUAACUUCAAGCAAGAAAUAUACACUUAUGUAGAGUCACGCAUGUCAUUUAUUGCACCAAAUUUAUCUGUGAUAGUUGGAGCUUCAACUGCUGCCAAAUUAAUGGGUGUGGCUGGAGGUUUGAGUAAUCUAGCUAAAAUGCCUGCAUGUAAUAUUCAAGUUCUUGGUUCUCAAAGACGGACACUUGCUGGGUUUUCUACAACAACUAUUAUGCCUCAUACAGGAUUUGUGUAUUCAAGUGAUAUAGUCCAAAACACGCCAGCUGACUUGAGAAGAAAAGCUGCCAGACUUGUCGCUGCUAAAUGUGCAAUUGCUGCUCGUGUUGAUCGCUUUCAUCAGUCUGUUGAUGGAGAAGUAGGUCAUUCAUUUAGAGAAGAUAUAGAAAGGAAAUUAGAUAAACUUCAGGAACCACCACCUGUAAAGCAGGUUAAACCCUUACCUGCUCCUAUUGAUCAGCCACAUAAAAAGCGAGGAGGUCGUAGAGUCCGAAAAAUGAAAGAGCGUUAUGCAAUUACUGAAUUUAGGAAGCAGGCAAAUAGGAUGAAUUUUGGCGAAAUUGAAGAAGAUGCUUAUCAAGAUGAUUUAGGAUUCAGCUUGGGACAAGUAGGCAAAGCUGGCACUGGACGUAUCAGAGCUCCUCAAAUUGAUGAGAAGACUAAAGUUCGAAUUUCAAAAACUUUACAAAAAAAUCUUCAAAAACAACAAGUAUGGGGUGGCAGUACUUCUGUUCGUCGACAAAUAUCUGGCACAGCUUCAAGUGUUGCAUUUACUCCAUUGCAGGGUCUAGAAAUUGUGAAUCCUCAAGCAGCAGAGAAAAAGGUAAAUGAAUCAGCAGCCAAAUAUUUCUCAAACACAUCGGGAUUCAUAAAAGUUGAAAAGAAAGUGUAAAUGAUUUAAUGAUUAUUUCAUAUGUAAAUAAAAAUUGUAUACUCAUUUUUUAAAUAUAAAACAAAUGCAAAAAAAA